UGAACUGUGAACUGUGAAGAACCACUAAAAGCUCCAGAACAGCCACCGCUAAAUCCCCUCGUCUCUUUGCCUGCAGGAGUCGAUUAUGGCUCUUCCCUUUGAUUUGCAGGAUUUCCUUCUCCGCGCUCGAGUCUUUAAGCUGUACAGGCAAGCCCUAAGGGUUACUCGAAGAGCCCCUGUCGAGGCUAGAGGUGAACUAAGAACGACGAUUAGACAAGAAAUGGAGAAUAGUCGAGACUGCAAUGACAGGCAGAAGAUUCGUUACUUACUUAGCGAAGGACGAGAGAGAUUAAAACAUCUAGAUGAGAUGCUUGACAUGCAAGGCCAUCCUGAGUAAGGAA